AUUUUGAGUUUCCGGUAAACUCUUUGUUUCCUUUCAUGUGUCCAACCAAUUAUUAUUGGGUUAUUCACCAUGGCAACCAGUGAAAUGUAUUUCUGAGUUAGGUUGGCUUGUUUUCAGAAUUCACAACGAAAUGCCUCCAGCUGUCCAUCACCACUGUAAAUAUAAAGAGUGGUUAUAGAGGAAAAAACGUCAGAAAGCAAAUUCAGUUGAUGUGGAGCAGAAGACAAGAAAGAAGAAGGAGAGGGGCACUUCAUCCCCCUCUCCAAUUCCAUCUGACCGUUCUGAACGGAAUGGCUCCGCUACCUCUGACCCCUCACCCUCUGACCAACUCUCCUCCCUCCAUCCACCUCCCUCUCCUGUUAAAUGUUCCUCUCAGCCUUGCUCUCCUGCUAAACAACCCUCUGUACCCCGGUCACCUGCCAAAAACCCUUCCCCAGUGAAAUCCUCUCCAGUGGUGUCCCAGCCUAGUUCUCCCUCUCCUACCAACCCUCUGGACCGUCAUGGAGACACCAGUCAGGAGGGCACAACAGUCAGACCUCUGUCUCUUCAGGAACACUCUAGUCCAAUGCCCCAGAGACCAGUCUCAGCCACCAGAAGCAUGACUCUUCCCAGGGCCAGCUCAGCCACCAGAAGCAUGACUCUUCCCAGGGCCAGCUCAGCCACCAGAGGGUCAGAAGAGACCCAGGGGGCCAGAGGAGAACGGGGGGAACUGGUCAACAUGGAACUUCUUGGGUUGCCUAACAUUGGCAACACUUGCUUCCUUAACGCCACCCUGCAGUGCCUCCUGGUCCUGCCUUCCUUCUCAAAGGAAAUCCUGCACCAGGAACAACUCUGGAGCUCCUCCCCCUUCUCCAACCUGCUCAGGUGUCUGUCUGAUGUGCACCGUUCGGGUCUACCUGACAGUGUGGCAAACCAGGCCUCAAAAGCAGACCUCAUGUGGAAGGUCAAGUACUCCUUGUCGGGAUACGAUUUGAAGUAUCUGGGGGACACGCAACAGGACGCACACGAGUUACUUGUCAAUAUGCUGUGCCAGCUGAAGGAGGAGGGCAUGAUUCUGAAGACAUUCGGGAUGAACUAUACCUGCCCUGUUUCCCAGCUGGAGUUCCAGCUUGUGUCGGUGCGCAAAUGUACCAGCUGUGGGCGCGAGUCGUCCACCAGAGAGGACUACAACCACCUCUCAUUGGACAUCAGCCCUGAGCGCACCUUGCUGAACAGCCUAGCACUCACUUUCAAAAGUGAACAGGUUGAAUUCACAUGUGAGGGCUGUAAAGGCCUCCACGCCUCAAAGGUGGAGCAGUUCCACACACUGCCUCUUGUGCUGGUUCUGCAUCUGAAGAGGUUUGGAGGACCUGGGGGGUUGGAGAAGCUGGAGGCUCCUCUUUUGUUUCCUUCGGAGCUGAGGCUCUCCACCCUCUGUGGGGACAUGGUGCCACACCUGCACAGUGCCAGCCCACAGGCCCUCACCAACCAGGCCCCCAGCAUCCAGGGGUCCAUCCCCCAGACCCUCGCCAGCCAAGUCUCCAGCCCACCUGGAGAGGCCAAAGACAGCGCCCUCUGCUGUUCAGAAGCAGAAGCCAGUACAGUCAGUGAAUGGUUACUACCAGCUGACUGGCGUAGUCUCUCAUUUGGGAGGCUCCGCAAACUCCGGGCAAUAGAGCGGGAGGCCCCAGCACACAGGGCCUAACAGGGCCACCAGCAUCAGCCCCAGCCUAAACAGGGGCAGCACCUGGACCAGCCUCCAAACACUCAGACCUGUCUCAACAGGGGUAGUACCAGGCCCAGUCUCAAAACCCCCAGCCCAGCCUCAACACUCACACACCUGCCUCGAAAGGGGUAGCACUUGGCCCAACAUCAACAACCCCGAGCCCAGCCACAUCAGGGGCAGCACUGGGCCCAACAUCAACACACCCAGCCCAGCCUCAACAUGGGAAGAACCAGGCCCAGUCUCAACAUGGGCAGAACAAGACCCAGCCCCAACACCCUCAGACCUGCCUCAACAGGUGCAGCAUUCGGCCCAACUUCAAUCAUGCUGCUCUUCAACACUAGCAUGAACAUUCUUUCAGUAGCUUAUGUCAUAAAUACCUGCCCUUGAUUUGACUACUUCACCUAAUGUAUAAACGUAUAAAGUAUACACACUAAAUGUAGUACACAUGUAGAUGUGGUGGAUAGAGAGUGUGAUUAUUUAGAGGAUAUAACAUCCCUUCUAUUUGGUUUGGUUUGAAAUCCUCCUGUUGUGAAAUACACUGUGGUGUCUAACCUCUUAUUCAGCAUGGUCACACCGGAAGACCUGCAAUAUUAAUAAAGAACAGCAAAUGUAAGAAAAUCCCAUUUAAGAUGAUUCUGUUGACCGUUGUAACUCUUUAACUCAGGAAGAUUUAUGGUCUGGGAUUCAGGCCGGUCCUAACAGGAAACGUGACAAAGGGAAGCAGCUGUAAUGGAGCCUUCUAACACCCAAUCAGGUCUGGAGGAGGAAUGUCACAUAAAGAUUCAGAGAUGCUAUGAGUAUCUUUUGAAGUUACUCUCCAGUUGUAUCCAUUUGAAUAAAUACAGACAUGAAAAUGCUGGGCUACGGAUGUGACCUUGGUUCUGUGAGUAGAGUAACGGGUCACCAAACAAGCUAUGGGAACUCCUUCCCUUUAUCGUGAUGUGA